AUGGACAUUGCCCGGUCGCGACUCGCGAGGAAGCGCGAGAACCGGACGCGGGCCCCCACGGCCUGUCAGACCUGCCGUCUGCGCAAGACCCGGUGCGACAAUACCAGACCGGUCUGUAGCUACUGUGCCAUACAGGGGGUGGAGUGCAUCUAUCCCGAAACCUCACCACGGUCAACCCAAACGGAGUUUGAGUCAGCCAGUGAAAUCCUCCAGCGUUUGGGCCAUAUCGCAUCGCUUCUAGAGGAGAUCAAACAAGAUGGCGCCUCCACAACUGCAUCGUCAAGUCGCUCCCUCAGAGGCUCUUUUCUAGAUUUGAACCUGCAACUUGAUAAUAGCCCCACCGGCGAUCCACUUUCGGGGAGCAAUAUACGGGGUAGUAGCAGUUCCGGGGCCGAAGAAAGAUCGGACGACCAUGACCCCCUGACCCUGUAUGCUGCAAACUCCCCGGAGUACAUGCUGCGAUGGCCCAUCUUCAAAAAGGUUAUCACGGACGCAGAAAAGCAUAUCCGGUCCUUCUUGCUGGAUUCACUCGACAGUCAGGCCCAGUCAGGCCAGCCGCAGUCUCGACAGGUGACGAUUGGCCCAUUGCUUGAUGAUAUCCAAAACCUGUGUCGGAAAUAUCUCCGAUUAGUUCACCGUCGGAAUCCUGUCGUAGAUGUGGAUAAACUUGAGCGGUAUGCACGCGAAGUGACCGUGCAAGGGCUUGGGUGGGACGGUCCGUCGUGCCAAGUGCUUCUUGCAUGCGCCCUAGCCUGCAGCACUUCGGCCUUUGUGCCCUUAAGCGACAUCCCCGAGGAUCUAGAUCGACUGCCAGGGCCACCGCCGGCAGACACGAGCAUUGAAAUGGCGGAGGUAUACUUCCACGCGGCGAAGCAACGAUUCGGCUCCUUGCACACGUCACCCACCGACAUCCAAUGCUUUCUACUUGCUGGCUUCUAUCAUAGGCAUGCGAUGCGACCGUUGGAGGCUUGGUUUUGCUUCCAGCAGGCAUCCUGCAGAUUGGAGGUUCGUCUGCGAUCCCUGUGCAGGGAGCAAUGGACCGCAGAUGCCGACUACCAUAAUCUUGAGUCGCGUCUGUAUUGGUCAUGUAUACAAGCAGAACACGAAAUGCAGAGUGAACUUCCUCUGUGGAGCAGUGGUCUGGAAAGUUUGGGCUACUCAGACCCUUUCCCGACCUUCCCAAAGUCCACCACUGCGUCCCCAGAGGAUAGAAUAGAAGAUGAAAUCGAGAUUGAAUGUACAAAUGCGCCUUCCGAGCUUAGCGGGACUGAAGAAGACAAGGGGUGGAGAUUCUAUAUUGGAUCGAUCUGUAAUCGACGGACAGUGAACGAUAUGCUCAUUGAUAUGUGGCGAUGUGGCGAGCAAGAAUGGAUCACCAAUGUCAGUGGCAUAGUCGAACGAAGCAAAGAGGCUGUAAAGGUUGUUUACUCAUGGUACCAAAUUAGCCAAAAUCAGAUGUCCCUGGCCGAUGACUCAGAUCUAAACUCUGAGAAUCAAGAUUUGGAAUUCUUUCUUUGGGGUCGGCGCGGAUUCGCUCUAGAAAAGAUCUACCGCCCGGUUCUCUAUCUCGCACUGCACUACCAAAGCCUACCAAGCUUUUUGCACAGCAAUCACCAACUCCUCCAGGAAUUACACCGUCAGGCACAGAGAGCCAUUGAUAACUGCGCCGAGCUGAUCCCGCACUGGUGGUAUCAUUUCCGCCACGAGUGGAUCUGGAAUAUCAUGCGGUCCACCUUCGGCAUGGCUAUCCAGAUUCUUGCUGCUGUGCUGAGCACUUUACAGCCGGGGGGAUUGGGCCUGCGCGCGCCGCACAAUUGGCCCGCGCUGGUUAGAAUGUCGAUCAAGACGCUGCAUCUUUGGUCGCGGGAGUCCAUUGAUCUAGAGAUCAUGCGGUCUACGUUGGAGCGUAUGUAUCAGGGGACUUGUCGGCUGGCUGGAGUGCGAAUGAAUCUUUACCUUGCAUAG